AUGUUAAUCGUUCUUGCUCUCUACAUUGUGGAAGGACUGCAGUUUGAUAAUGGUUAUCUCUCCUCUUUCUUUGUGACAGACAAUGAGAAGAUGGCUGUUGAGUUCGACCAUUGCAAACUGCUUCUUGUUGACAUGAAAAUUGCCAACGCAGAAGACAUUGUUGGUGUUAUUGAGGUUGCCAUUAGAGGAGGUUACCCACUUUUAGUAAUCGCACAAGAAAUUGACCUGGAGGCGUUAGCUAUCCUUGUUGGUUACAAGCGUAGAGGCGCACUUAAGAUUGCAGCUCUCAAAGCUCCAGGUUUUGGAGAGCUCAAGAGCCAGUACCUUGAUGAUAUUGCCAUCCUCACUGGAGCAACUGUGAUUCGAGAGGAAGUUGGUCUUUCACUUGACAAAUCUGGAAAAGAGGUUCUUGGACAUGCUGCAAAGGUGGUCCUCACUAAGGAAAGUUCGACCAUUGUUGGUGAUGGGAGCACACAUGACGCAGUGCAGAAGCAUGUUACACAAAUUAAGAACCUUAUUGAGCAAGCAGAGCAAGGUUACGAGAAGGAAAAACUGAACGAGAGAAUUUCAAAGCUCUCUGCUGGAGUUGCUGUGAUUCAGGUGGGAGCACAAACGGAGGCAAAACUCAAAGAGAAGAAACUUAGAGUUGAAGAUGCUCUUAACGCUACAAAGGCUGCUGUUGAGGAAGGUGUUGUGGUUGGUGGUGGUUGUAUUCUUUUACAUCUUGCUUCCAAGGUUGAUGUCAUUAAAGACUCCCUUGAUGAUGAAGAAAAGGUCGGAGCUGAUAUAGUGAAAAGAGGACUGACUUACCCUCUGAAACGGAUCUCCGAGAAUGCUGGAGAGAAGGUGCUUGCUAACGAGGAUCUGAUGGCUGCAAAGGUGCUGAGAUGUUGCUUGGAGAACUCGGUUAAGGUGUUAAGGACAUUCUUUAUGUCACAUCAAGGAGCCUGAGCCCACACCUCUCCACCUCUCUCAAACGAAGAAAAUAAAAGAACAAACUCUGCUUGAUCCUUUUGUAUCCGCAUGCCUUUACAAGCAAAUGUCGCUUCCUUGGUGAAGAAGUAACGUGCUCAAGUCACAAACCUCUUCCCACUUAUCCCUUCUUUUUCCUUUUUCAUUCUUCUGGGCUUUAAUUUUUUUCCUUUUUCUU